AUGGCGCCUUCCCGUUUGCCUUCCGAUCGUGGGCUGUACGCCCUGGAGGACACAGAACAGGCGACUCAGAAGCUGCACAGCCUAUACCAGCGCGUCCUGGCUCCACUGUCCCUCUUCCCCGCUACCCAUAGUCGGCUGAAGGUCCCAGUUCUGAAAAGGGCAUCCUCGUAUUCGCCAUCUGUGCAGAAGCCCGUUGUGCCCCUCUCCCAGGCGGCGCUCACGCAACUAGUGAAAGGACGCCUGGAGUUGGAGCCACAGUGGGAGAACGUCUGCCCUCGAGCACAGAGUGUCUUCCAGGAGAUCAUCCUGGCAGAAGUGAAGCACAUCUGGAAGGAUGCCCAGCAUUCGUUGUAUGACCCGGCCUUCAGUCCCCAGAUGAACCGGGAGAUCUACCAGAACCUAGUGGCCUACAUUGGCUUGGUAUGCCAGCAUCUCUAUCUCCACUACCUGUGCCUCAUGGAACACUGCCGAGUCCUGGGUGUCUUCACUGAUUGUGCCAACCUCACCCGCUUUGCUGCUCAGCUCUCCCUGGACUGCUCCACCUUUCUCAAAGUGUCUGCUGUCCGGCACCGCCUGGUGAUGGAUAUGAAGACCUCACAAAACCAUUACCCAGAACCAAUCUUGAGGAGUCUGUACAAACAGACCUCAUCUCAUCCCUCGGGAUGCCGCUUGAGAUUCACCAUUAGCCACUUCAUCAAGCUCAUCAGACCUCAUAUGCCAACACUGAGACAGAAAAUAGCAAAAGAUAUAAAGGAGUUGGAGGAUUUACCUCCAUUGGAUUUAAGAAAAAUAAAGCAUUUACUUCCAGUGUUGAGACCUGCUGUUCCCAUGCGGCAAAUGUCAUGUGCUGCAAUCACAACACCUUGUCCACCUAUCCCUGGCCCAGGAGCUAAGACUAAGCGAGAACGUGCUCAUCAGCCUGUUCCUUUGGUCAAGAGGAGCAAGUCCCUGCCCAACAUGCGUGUUGGGCAGCUCCUAGCCGAUGAACUUGGAAUCAGUUUAGUUAUUCGCCCCCUCACCCCUGAUCUGCCUACUCACUAUGCAGAGCCCACAGAAGAUGGUGAACUCAAGGUGUCAAAAAACCUAGCUGAGGACCUCCGGAGGCUGGUGCAAGGUUCUGUCCUGAAAAGCAGCCAACGGAGAGCUGAACUGGAUGAGGAGUCAGAGCUUCCUCCCCUCAUUAAAGCCCUGACGUGGCGCAAGUCUAAUGAAGUUCGCUGCGAGCAGCUUCAGAGGAUACUUUGUUCCCUGCAGCAGGAACAAGUGAGUGAGGAGCAGCAGAGAGACACCAUCAUUUCUGCACCAGCCAGUCAUCCUCAAGCUGCCACAAUGAAUCUUACAGUUCACAACAGGGUGGUGGUGAAGGCAGCAGAUUUACAGGUAUCUGAAAGAACAUAUCAUGAAACUGUGGCCAUGAACAAAUAUACAGCAGUGUACAAUCACCUCCUGGGUGAGAUAGACAUUGCUUCCACCAAAGCUUUGGAUGCAAAUAUUUUUGCUGGAGAAGACGUCAAGAAGAUAUACAUGGAACUGAUGAACACUGUCCCAAAAGAUCACCAGAAGUUUGAUGCAGGACCCUUGAUAGAUCACCCUGCAACUGACAUAGAACUAUCUACCUGCUUUGCUUCCUCGACACUGACUAGGAGAAAAAGUGAGCAGGUCAUCAACAAAGAGCUGAGUCAAAUCCUGCCAGCUGGACCAUUCAUCCUCGAGGAAGUAAUAGACACACCCACAACCCCCAAUCUACCUUUCAAAAAGAACUUAUCCCAAAAACGGCGUGCCUCUUGGCUCAGAUGGUGGAAGACAACCUUCAACACUGAUGAUUACCUGACAUAUAUAAGUACAAAGGACUCAGACUAUUUGCAAGUGGUAUUUCAUUUGUAUGACUAUGACAGAGAAGAAGAGGAAGAGGAAGAGGAAGAGGAGCACCCCAUAUUAGAUGAGGGUGAAAGAAAAAAACAGGAGGAAGUGAAAAGAGAAGAGAGAAAGAAAGCUGCAGAGCUACAGUCUGAGAAGGAAGAAUACCAGUCUGGGGAAUGGAACUUCAACACCAUCUUGAUGGGGGGGUUAGGAACUUUCAUUGGCUAUGACCACAAGCCUGAGGAUCUCAAGGUCUUACAAAGAAGGUUGGAAAGACUGUGGACAGUUCUACAUUUCACUGAACAGGAGAGGUUGGAUAUGGCAAUCAAAUACAGUUCCAAAAGAUAUUACUUGCUGCUUCCAGACAUGCUGCAAUCUUGGGAGAUAGCAGCACAGUGUAUCCAAGACCGGGAGCUCUUGCUGUCUGAACUGGAAAGCUUUGAGCAAACUGCUUCUGAUCCAAACCGCUUCUUCAGCAGGGCUACCAGAUCUGUUGUGUUGCGAAUGAAAGAAUCCAGAAUCAGGAGCCGCCUGUACUCCGAGUUGUCCAGCUGUGAUUCCGAACUCUGUGUCAUCUUGAAUCACAUCAAAGAGACAUUCAACGACAUUGUGACUUUUAAGGGACGCCCAUACUUGGAGAAGAUGGAGUGGGACAUAGUGGAGAUGCUGUAUUGGCUGCAACAGGAGCGACGUGCCAGCAACUUGAAGAAAGUAGUCCAGAGAGGCAGGGAGUGGUGGGAACUCCCCCCUCUGACUUAA